UUUCCAAGAUUUCUUAUGUUCCUGAUGCCGGUGCAAGAGAUGUGCUGUGUUUCAAACAUUAUAAUGCAUCAGAGAAAAAUCCUCCAGGUCCUGCACAUUCUUUGCUUUUCCAGCACCUUCUGCAUAUUUGACCCCUUUCCAGCACAGCUAUAUGAUGUUGAGAUCCAUCUUUUCACACUGAGGACAACUGAGGGACUCGUACACAACUAUUACAAAAGCGAGAUACAAAAAGAGAAGCUGAGGAUGUCUCUUGGGUGUUUCACAACAUUAAAUAUUUUGCUGGGCAGGACGAUGGAGGAUUGGCUUCGAUUCUCUGUGUGUUACUGGCACUCGUUCUGUGGAACUGGUGCUGACCCAUUUGGAUCUCCAACCCUGCGCAGGCCUUGGAAUGAAGGAGACAACGACAUGGAGAUAGCGAAGAAAAGACUGAGUGCUGCAUUUGAGUUCUUCACCAAACUUGGUGUGAAGUACUACACGUUUCAUGACAGGGACAUGGCCCCUGAGGGGCGCACUCUGGAGGAGUCCAAUAGGAACCUGGAUGAGAUAACAGACCUGGCACUGGAGCUGCAGAAGCAGACUGGAGUGAAAGUGCUGUGGAUCACCUGCAACCUGUUUGCUCAUCCCAGAUAUAUGAACGGAGCUGCAAGUAACCCAGACUGCCAUGUGUUUGCCUUUGCUGGAGCUCAGGUGAAGAAAGGUCUAGAGAUCGCCAAGAAACUGCAGGCUGAGAACUUUGUGUUUUGGGGAGGUCGUGAAGGCUUCCUCUCCUCACUCAACACAGACGUGGCGGCUGAACUCAAGCACAUGGCCACCUUUUUCAAAAUGGCCGUGGCCUAUAAAGAGAAGAUCGGCUUAAAAUGCCAAUUUCUCAUUGAGCCCAAGCCGAAGGAACCAUGCAAGCACCAGUAUGACUAUGAUGCAAUGAGUGUUAUUGGGUUUCUUAAGCACUUUGGACUGGACAAAGACUUUAAACUGAAUAUCGAGCCCAAUCACACGACCCUGGCUGGACAUUCUUAUGAACAUGACAUCAUCAUGGCCUCCGUGUUUGGCAUGCUGGGGUCUGUGGACGCCAACACAGGCUCUCCUGACUUGGGCUGGGACACGGAUCAGUUCCCCAUGGACAUCAAAAAUACGACCUUGGUGAUGAAGGCUGUUAUUGAGCAGGACGGCCUGCAGCCUGGAGGUUUAAAUUUCGAUGCCAAGGUCCGGAGGGAGUCGACUGAUUUGGAGGAUUUGUUCAUCGCUCACAUUGGUGCCAUGGAUGCUUUCGCUCGAGGCCUCAGAAACGCAGCCAAGAUGAUUGAGGAAGGAGUCCUGCAAAAUAUGCUGCGGGAACGCUACAUGAGCUUCAGCCUUGGAAUUGGACAGAAGGUGGAAGAGUGCAGUUGCUCACUGGAGGACCUCGAGGAGUUCAUCAAGCAAAACGGAGAGCAUAAAGUGACAUCAGGGAAACAGGAACAAUAUGAAGCGGUCUUUAAUCAUUACUUGUGAGAAUGCAGUAAUUUUCAGUGAGAUGAAGUAAUGAAUUAAUAAAUUUGGUCUAGGAAUACAGAAAAACCUUAACGAGUAUAUUUACUUGUACAAGCUAAUAUGUUAAUGGCAAAAAAUAAAUAAAUAAAUCCGUCAAUAUGUUUACAUGCAGUUAAUUCAAUUCAAUUCAAAUUUAUUUGCGUAGAGCUUUUAACAGUGGACAUUGUCAUAAAGCAGCUUUACAGAAAUCCAGAUAUAAAAUGUAUCUCUUUAGUUACUGUAGUUAAGUAAUCUGAAAAUAGGAAAACUAUGGGUUUACACGACUCAAUCAGUAAACACUGUUCAUUCGGAAUACAUGAUAUACUGUAAUUCACACAUUCACAAUGUCCAGAACGCUGUCCUUCAUUCUUGUCAUAAACAGAUUUCUUGAAAUCCAAUAAUGAUUUAUUGAAUAAUGUUAUUAAUAUCACUUUUAAAUAUUUUCUUAAAUAGAUGCCAGUAUAGUGUGAUAAUAAUCAUGUUAUCACUAAUGAUUUCACUAAAACAACUACCUAUAGACCAGCCUAUAGACAACACAAUACAGGAGACAGCAAUUUUUUGUGCAAUAAAUGGUGUUUUUAUGAAAUAUCUUACAGAUUAUUAUAGACUGGGAAAUAUAGACUGUUACUUAGACCUACUACUUAGUAUGCAGAGAUGUUUACUUGGUGUAAUGUGUUCAUAUAAUAAUAAAAAAAAAAAUCCUGUGUUAUGAAUUUGGCAAAUAUUGAAGAUUUUCUAAAGUCUGUUAUUGCUGUAAGAAAUGAAUUAGAAUAUUAUUUAGUGCAACAUAUUAAUAUGUAGUAAUUUGUACUAUGCCUAGUGUGUCCUUAUAAUAUUAGAAUAUACUGAUGAAUUUGAAGAAGAUUUGAAGUCUUGUUAUUGAAAUUUGAUUUACUUAUGCCAUGAAUAGGUAUGCUACAAGUAACAUUAAAAGUGUGUCAUUGGGGAUGAAACAAAAGGCCUUAAACCAAUAACAGUAUGUGUCCCAGAUUCCCAAACAUGUCAUGGUUUUUGGUUAGUUUUGACAAAAGGGUAAGCUGUGCUUUUUUUGGAAUAUGACACUGAACGGUUAAGGCUCUGGGUUACUGAUCAGAAGGUUGGGGGUUCAAGCCCCAGCACUGUCAAGCUGCUGCUCUUGGGCACUUGAGCGAGGCCCUUAACCACAUCUGCUCCAGGCGUGCUGCAUCAUGGCUGACCCUGUGCUCUGACCUCAGCUUACUAGCAAGCUGGGAUAUGUGAAAAACUGUUUUGUUGGCUCUGUACUCGUACUCUGCACAAUGACAGUAAAGUUGAAUCUAAUCUAAUAAACCAGUGGGGUCCAUAAAGCAUA